AUGACUACAUCAAAUCCUUCACCAACAUCCGCCUCUUCCAUCAUCGCUGCAACGGCCCUGGAUGCGCGCACAAACACCACAACCCCAGACGGCCCUUGUCGCCAGGCAUGCCCUGACCCCCUCGUCCCCAUAUUGUCUCAACACCCCAAGGCGCGUGGUUUCAUGGCCGUUUGGCCAGGGAAACCUAGUCUAACCCCAAUCGUUCCAUCGUCACCCAGCCUGACAAGAAAAGCGCGCCGCACAGACACCCCAGGCGUGACUUGUCGACGCGGAGCCGGUAGGUACACCGCAUCCAGCACACUACUACCACUACUACUACCUUUGUUCGCCCGUCGCCCUCGUGGCACGCUAUCAGCCCUCGCCGGAACGGACCCCAUUUAUUGUGGCGAUGCCAACUCUUGCUGUGCUGUCAUCCACCGUCAGCCUGAGACUCUUGUCGACUGA